AUGUCAGACAAGCACUACUUCCCCGAAACUGCUGCGAACCAGCUCGUCCCCCGGGCGCUGCGAGCUCUCGUCCGCGGAACACCGCAGCUGUCGCUGAUCGACUCCGAGCGAGUCGUCUACAACAACCAGCACGACCCAGCCCGCGUAGCAGUCAUCAGCGGCGGAGGAUCUGGCCACGAGCCCGCGUGGGCCGGCUAUGUUGGCGAUGGAAUGCUGUCGGGCGCUGCUUGCGGCGAUAUCUUUGCCAGCCCCAGCACGAAGCAGGUCCUCGCUGCAAUGGCCGCCACGCCCUCCUCCGAGGGCACUAUCCUGAUGAUCACCAACUACACGGGCGAUCGUCUUCACUUUGGCCUCGCCGCUGAGCGCGCAAAGGCGUCCGGCCUGUCUCCCAAGGUUGUCGUCUUGCCCGCAACAGACGAUGUCUCCAUCCCCAGAAGCAGGAUCCGCGUGGGGCGCCGGGGCCUCGCGGGCCAUGUCCUUACUCUCAAGGCUGUGGGUGCUGCCGCGCAAGCCAACCUCUCAUUUGAGCGCUGCGUUGAUAUCGGAAAAGCGGUUAAUGAUAGCCUGGUGACCAUCGGAUCGGCUCUCGACCACUGCCACGUUCCAGGCCGGCAAGCCCACGAAACAAUUGCGAAGGACGUUUGCGUCGUUGGUGCUGGUAUUCACAAUGAGCCUGGCGCCGAGCACAUCUCACCAUUCCCCUCCGUCGAGUCUCUCAUUGACCACUGCUUGAAACGAUUGUGUGAUCCCAAUGAUAAAGAGCGAGCGUUUGUUUCAUUCGAAAACAAAGAUGACCAGACCAUUCUUCUCAUCAAUAACUAUGGUGGACUGUCCAACCUAGAGCUUGGUGCCCUUACCGAUGAGGUCCUCAUCCAGCUGGAAUCGAGUUGGAAAAUCAGCCCCGUCAAGAUUUACUGCGGCACGUUUGAGACUUCUCUCAACGGGCCUGGUUUCUCUAUCUCCCUGAGCAAUGUCACCCAGGCCGCUCGCCAAGUGAAUGUCGAGGUUCCUGAACUCCUCGAACUACUCGGUGCGCCCACGGCUGCUCCGGCAUGGCCCAACUCUCCCCCUUCGCCCAUCGACGUGUCAAAGCGAUCUGCUGUCAACGCCAAAGAACUAGACCUACAGCCUUCAAUUUCUCCUAAGACUGAUAUUAAGAUUGACUUAGUCGAUUCUGCCCUCCUCAACGCGGUCCUCCGCCGUGGAUGCGAAGCUGCAAUUGCUGCCGAGCCAAAGCUAACAGAAUGGGACAUGGUUAUGGGUGAUGGUGAUUGUGGUGAGGCCGUCAAAGGAGUCAGCGAGGCUAUUAUUGCGCUCCUCGAUGGUUCAUCCAGCAUCGCCGCUGACGGAUCCAUCUUCACUGCCCUCUUCGCCAUCCUCCAGGCCGUGGACGAUAUGGGCGGUACCCUGGGUGCCAUCCUCGGCAUCCUCCUCAGUGCCUUUGCUUCCGAGCUUCAAAAAGCUUCCUCACGCGACGGCCUUUCCCCCGCGCUCUACUCCACCGCGCUGGCUGCGGCUGCCGAGUCCCUCAAGCACUACACUGCCGCCCGAGAGGGUGACCGGACGGUCAUGGAUGUCCUCCUACCGUUCGCCGACGCAUUUGCCAAGUCAAAUGACUUUUCAGGCGCCGUAAAGAUCGCUGCUGAUAAGGCCGAGGCAACGAGAUUCCUAAAGCCGCGGUUUGGACGAGCAACAUACGUGGGAGAGGACAAGGAACAAGAACUACCAGACCCUGGAGCGUGGGCCAUGUUUGAGUUUUUGAAAGGUAUGGAGAGCGGAUUGAAGCAAUAA